UAUUUGGGAGAAAAUGAGUAGUGAUGUCGAAUAACAUAGGUUUAAAUGGACAGAUAGGGAAAAAAAAGGGAAGGAAACGGAGGAACCAAACACAAAUGGCGGGAUUCUUGCAUGCAAAUGUUAUUUAUUUCUCAAGUUGAGCGGCGACCCGAUACCCUCGCUCUCUCUCUCUCACGACAUGACGAAGACGACAAUAACCCCUCCGUCCACAAUAGGAAUUUUAUUUUUAAUCAUGGGAUGUGGAUUCUAAAUCAGCUGCUACAUAUUUGAGGGUUUCAAUAGACUUCACUUCGGGAAAGGUGUAAACUAUAAUGGAGAAGAAGAAAUAUCCAAUUGGGCCGGAUCAUUAUACAUUGUACGAGGAGGUGGGGCAAGGUGUUAGUGCUUCCGUGUACCGUGCUGUCUGUAUACCCUUUAAUGAAGUUGUUGCAAUCAAAAUUCUUGAUUUUGAACGUGAAAAUUGUGAUCUGAAUAACAUUUGUCGUGAGGCGCAAAUAAUGGUCUUAGUUGAUCAUCCAAAUGUUCUUAAAUCACACUGCUCCUUUGUCAAUGAUCAUAACUUAUGGGUUGUCAUGCCAUACAUGUCUGGGGGAUCUUGUCUUCAUAUACUGAAGGCUGCAUAUCCCGAUGGUUUUGAGGAGGUAGUUAUAGCCACAAUACUUCGUGAAGUGUUGAAAGGUUUAGAGUAUCUUCACCAUCACGGGCACAUACAUCGGGAUGUUAAAGCUGGGAAUAUUCUCAUUGAUUCACGUGGUGCAAUCAAGCUGGGAGACUUUGGUGUUUCGGCUUGCAUUUUUUAUUCGAGUGAUAGGCAACGCAUGAGGAAUACAUUUGUGGGGACACCAUGUUGGAUGGCACCCGAAGUUAUGGAGCAACUGCAUGGUUAUGAUUUCAAGGCAGAUAUCUGGUCGUUUGGUAUAACUGCACUAGAGCUUGCUCAUGGCCACGCCCCAUUCUCAAAAUAUCCCCCAAUGAAGGUGUUACUUAUGACCUUGCAAAAUGCACCCCCAGGCCUGGAUUAUGAAAGAGAUAAGAAGUUUUCUAAGUCUUUCAAGCAAAUGAUUGCUAGUUGCUUGGUGAAAGAUCCUUCAAAGAGACCUUCAGCCAUGAAAUUAUUAAAACAUUCAUUUUUUAAGCAAGCGAGGUCAAAUGAUUAUAUAGCAAGGACACUUCUAGAUGGAUUGCCUGUUCUUGGUGAUCGUAUCAAGGCAUUGAAGAAAAAGGAAGAAGAUAUGCUCGCACAAAAGAAAAUGCCAGAUGGUGAAAAAGAAGAGCUAUCACAGAAUGAAUAUAAACGUGGGAUAAGCGGAUGGGAUUUCAAUCUUGAAGAUGUGAAAGCUCAAGCUUCCCUGAUCCAAGAUGAGGACCUUAUAUAUUAUACCAACCAAGGAGGGUGCUCAAAUUAUUUGCCUUCAUAUGAUGGACGAGAUAAGCUAUCUGAAUGUCAGACCUCUUCUCAAGCUACAGGCAAGCUUUCACAGGAAGAUAAUGAUCUGGUCCACAAUCAACCAGCUCCUUCUCUAGCAGUUGAUCCAACAAGAAGUAUUGCCAAAUUUGAAAGAUCUGAUGAUGACUCAAGCAGUGCUAGUGCCUCUUAUGAACUGAAUGUGACUUCACUUUCUGAUAAUGAUCAUGUUGAAAGUAAUCUGGCUGAGAAGCCUGUCCUGGAGACCAAUGGAAAAUCUUCUGAUAACAUGAUCAAACCUUCUCAUCAAAGGACAACACCAUUUUCAGGGAGCACCAGUAUACCAGAAACCAGUGUUCUCCCAAUUAAAGGAGAAAGUGAUAAGCAAAACCAGCAGCACAACAUUUCUGGUGGCAAUGGAGCAGCAGUUUCUGCAGGAGGAGAAGAUACUAUUUCUGAACUUCCUUCUAAGACAUCUAAAUCACAAGGAGUGAACAGUGAUGAUGAGAAAGCAAAGCCACCUAUCGUUCAGCAAAAGGGACGUUUUAAAGUUACAUCCGAGAACGUUGAUUUGGAAAAGGUGAUCUAUAUCUUUGUUGCCCCAUCUCCUAUACUGCCAAAGAGUCGCAGCAUGCAGGUGUUAAAUACAAAUUCUAUGGUUUCACUAGCAGCAACAUCUGACUCUUCAUUAUCAAUCCCUGCUGCCAAUCAUCUUUUUCCACUGUUGCAGUCUGUUUUGCAGACAAACAUUCUUCAAAGGGAGUAUAUUCUCAAUUUAAUGAAGCACGUUUGUGCCAGUGAACCUAUAGCUAGUCGUGCACUAGAGGGAGUAUGUACACCGGCUAAUGGGGCAGUCACAGAGAAAUCUUUGCUGGAACUAGCUCAUGAUAGGGAAAAGGAGUUACUUCAUGAGAUAACCGAGUUACAGUGGAGGCUCAUCUGUGCUCAAGAAGAAUUGCAAAAAUACAAAACAGAGAAUGCCCAGCUGCCGAUUCCAACCAUGGAAUUGCAGGUGUAA